AUGGUCCAGCAAGAUUCCGGCGGCUCUAAAGAGACAAGAGUUAUCAUCCGGGACGACUUGCAGGACCAGAUGACCGGCCUCAAAGAGGAGAGACUCGAUUUCGCCGGCGCCCGUCCGACGUUGUUUGUUACCCGGGCCGGCUUGCUCAGUGGGGUCGAUUGA